ACGUCGUAUCACCUUACGCGCCACCGCUCAUUCAUCUUCCCUGAAACGGUAACUUGCUCUCUCUCUCUCUCUCUCUCUCUCUCUCUCUCUCUCUAUGGACUCGUACACUCCCUUGCUGGAGAAAACCCGGGUUCCUCAACCGUCGCUCCAAAAAUACGCCGUAAUCUCAAUCUUCUUGAAGCUCCGAUCCGCCCCGAAGUAUUUGGACUCCGAGUCCGAACCCGGAAGAGAAGCCAUUUCUCAGUGCCUCCACUCCACCUCCCCAGCUGUUGUUGACCAAUCGGUUCGCGAGUUAUGCAGCCUCGUGAUGGACUCCAAAAUAGAUAUCUCUCGCGGGUUACUAGAGCUCCAGUCCGCACUCGAAGGAUCCGGCCCGAAGUUCGUCGACCUUUUCGUCAAAGGGUUGGGGUAUCUAGUUCGGUUAGGGUUUCAGAGGAGCAACGGCAAGUGGUCGUUCAGUGCCACGGAGACUCACCCCUUUGUUAAGGUUCUGUCAUGCCGACCCGACGCUGAGUCUGAACUUGUGCAGCAAGUUUUAUUGUUUAUGGCACAUAAUAAGCAGUUGGGAAUGGUGGAAGUAUGUGAAUUCUUAAGAUCCUUCUUAAAUUAUUCAAUCUUAAGGGUACCUUUUUCGGACACUUCAUCCCUGUUUGCAAGGCAUCUAAUAUCAUCGAUGGCCUCUCUUUGUUGCUCAAUUCCUCUCGAGGCAAUGCCUGUCCUUAAAAUGUUAACAGACUGUCUUCCAUUUGUUCCGCACAAGAAUUCACAAGAUUUUAGGAAUUUCAUAUAUUUUGCGGAAUGUAUGGUGGAUGCAUAUACAGUGGUUCUGAGGCAUUUGGCAGGAACUGGAUCGCUGAUUGCUGAGGCUCAUCUCUGUGGUUUGGAACUGUUUGAGAAAAUUCUUUCAAUUUCUUCAGCUGCUCACAUGCACUCUGGUUUGAUUGAGCCCAUACUUGAACUGUCCAAGCACUUAUUGUUUGCCCAGAAAGAUAUUGGGUUGCAUUAUGUGCCUAAAUUAUCAUCAGCUAUGCUUACCUUAUUUAUUAUCCUCGUUCAGUCAGAGCUUGAGCAUGAACAACUUUCUACAUUGAAACUUCUCCACCUUCUCUUGAAAUGGAAGUAUGGAAAUGAAUAUGUUGUUGACAGAACAGCAUGUGUUCUGAGUGAGGAGCUUUUAUUCAUAUUUCCUGUCAUUAGCCUACUGUCGUCUCCUUCUAAGUAUGUCAAAGGAGCAGCUACAGAUUUGCUUGCCAUCUUAGAAAAGCUCUUAGUAACAGUUUUGAUAGCACCAACGCAUAAACCAAGCAAAGAAGCAGGAUAUCCAUCCCUAAGCACACCUGGAUCUAUUGUUUUUAGAAUCUUACGGCAUCUAUGGUUUCAGGAUCCUUAUUCAUCGUCCAGUUUCUUCUUAAAUUUUGCUUCUAGUGGUAAAACUGAUGGCAAAGAGAUUCAUGACGUAUCAAGAUCUUGGGCUUCUGAACUACGAGAGUACACUUUAUGGAUUGUUGAGAGACGAAAGUCCUCCCUACCUCUGUCUCAGCCUCAAGAAAGAUUCAUAACUGGAAUGCCCUUGUUACUCUGUGCCAUUUCUGGUGUUUUAGUGAUGCAUCAGUCGCUGGGGAGCACUGCUCUAGAUUCUUUGGCUGCUAUUGCUACAAUGGAUCCUAAAGUGGGAGCUCAACUAUUGCUGGCUAUCCUAUUUUACAAUAACAUGUUCACUAGAAAAGAUAUAAGUUGCUGUACUAUGUUGCAGCCAAAACUUUUGACAAUGCUUCCAGCUCUUGCUUCACACUCUAUGAUGAUUCCUCUUGUAGUUCAGACUAUCUUACCAAUGCUUCAGAAGGAUGCCAAACCAACUUUAUAUGCGACAGCCAUUCGUUUACUUUGUCAGACGUGGGAGACCAAUGACCGUGCCUUUGGAAGUUUGCAGGGAGUGUUGCUUCCAAAGCGGUUCACUGAAUUAAAGUUUGAGAGAAAUAUAUGCAUCAGUAUGGCCGCAUCAAUUCGGGAUGUUUGUAGAAAAAAUCCUGAUAGGGGUGUGGACCUCAUCUUGUCUGUUUCGUCUUGCAUUGAGAACAAAGAUCCUGUAAUUCAAGCUCUUGGUUUUCAAAGUCUUGCCCAUCUAUGUGAAGCUGACAUAAUUGAUUUUUAUACAGCCUGGGAUGUCAUCGCCAAGCAUGUUCUGGAUUAUCGUGAAGACACAAUUCUUGCUCAUAGCAUUUGCCUUCUUCUGAGGUGGGGUGCAAUUGAUGCUGAAGCAUAUCCUGAAGCCUCAAAGAAUGUCUUGCAAAUCUUGUGGAGUGUUAGCAUCUCUGGUCACCCUGGUCUGGAGUCACAAUGGGCCAAGGCAAGGGCCUCUUCCUUAGAGGCCUUAGCCCAAUAUGAGAUAUCACAUAUUGAACAGAACAUUCAAGAUUUCAAGAAAAGGACCACAGAGUUGCUUUUUUCUGAAACAAAUAUUACUGUACUGAGGGCCAUGGAAGAACUUCAAGUUAAGAUCAUAACAUAUGAGCACCUCACAAGGCGAAGAUUGGUUAAAGAGAAAAGGGUUUCAGGAAGUAAGAUCGAGAAGCUGCUGGAUGUGUUUCCUCAGGUGAUCUUUUCUUCAGGGAAAAGAAGUGACACUAGAGAGUUACCUGGUGCAGCCCUGCUAUGUCUUUCUUUCACUCCUAAAGAUGUAAACACCUUAGGGACAUCAAAGGGAUUGCGGGAUGUACAUGCUGGAUAUGAGAAGGCAUUGUUGGAAAUAGCUUCAUCUCUUCAGCUCUCAAGAAAUAUUUUUAUUGCCCUUAUUUCACUGCAAUCAUGGAAGUCCUUUGUGCGGCGUUGGGUGAGGGCAGAUGUCUUGUCCUUUGAUGCUAAAGUGCCAUCUGUCCUCUUGGAUAAAACCGCUAAAGCUGCUAGUGACAUUCUGAAGAGUAUGAUAAAAGCAGCUGAAGAGGCUAUUCCUAGAUCUGCUGAAAACAUUGCACUAGCUAUUGGUGCACUUUGUGUGGUCUUGCCUCCAUCUGCUCACGCUGUUAAAUCAGAUGCCUCAAAAUUUCUGUUGAAUUGGUUGGUCCAGCAUGAACAUGAACACCGCAAAUGGUCUGCUGCGAUUUCUCUUGGAUUGAUCUCAAGUUGCCUACAUGUAACAGAUCAUAAGCAAAAGUUUGAGAAUAUCACUGGACUUGUUGAGGUUAUGUGUAGUAGCAAUAGCACCCUUGUCAGAGGAGCCUGUGGGCUUGCCUUGGGUUUUUCUUGUCAAGAUCUUCUUACCAGGGUUGAUGCUGGUGAUAAUUCUGACAUGGACAAAGAAACAGGCAAGAUGACAGAAGCAGACUUGCUUGGUAUGAUAGUUAAGGCAUUAUCACUCAUGAUAGGUCAGCUCACUCAGUUGCCAUCUGAUGUUAUGGAAAGUCUAUCUGCCUACUUUCCACCUAACACAUUUGGUAUAGAUAUGAAUAUAACUGCUGAACUGUCACAUGAGAACUCUGAUGACUCUCUCGAAGAUAUCUGGGGUGUUGCUGGACUUGUUCUUGGUUUGGCGAGUUCUGUUGGUGCCCUGUACAGAGCUGGGGCACAUGAUGCUGUUCUCAAGAUAAAAGACUUGAUCAUUUCAUGGAUUCCACAUAUGACUACACCAGUUCAAGGGUCUCGGUCUUUUAGUGGGGUUUCUGAGAUAGUUUUAUCAGUAGGAUCCUGUCUUGCACUUCCCAUUGUAGUCGAAUUCUGCCAAAGAUUAGAACUGAUGGAUGAUAAUGAAGUACGCCAUUUAGUGAAUGGCUACAGGGAGCUCAUUUCUGAAUUAUUGUCUGUCAAAAAAUCUGGCACCUGCUAUCACAGCUUACUUAUGGCAUCUUGUAUAGGAGCAGGAAGCCUCAUAGCCUGCAUACUGAAUGGAGGAUUGCAUUCUCUUGAAAUUGAACAUGUAAAAGGUCUACUGGAAUUGUUCAGAAAAUGUUAUUCGUAUCCUUACCCUCCUUUAGUCCAUUUGAGUGGGAUGCUUGGAGUUGUUAAUGCUAUGGGAGCAGGUGCUGGGAUCCUGGUUGACAUGUAUCCUCCAACCUCAAUGCAGACAGCUUAUGAACACAAGGAAUCUCGAUAUCUCAUGGGCCCUCUACUUUCUAGUCCUACUUGCGAGCAGCAUUUGACGUCGUCGAUGCAGGAUAUAUUUCUGGUUGCACAGAAUUCUGAUGACCAUCAAUUGCAACAAUAUGCUGCAUGGGCAGUUUCGUUUCUUCGAAAUCAUCUGUUCUCCAAGGAAGUUUGCAAUUUUGACAAUAGUAUCAAUAGCGAUGGAGGUGGUUCAAAAUCAGUUUCUCAAAGUUUUGCAGAUGACAGUUUAGUUCUGAAGCUUUCUUCAUGGCUAAUGCAUCUCAAUUCUGCCGAGACAGGUAGUGUCGCGCACGUUGGCACCGUAAUAACUGUGAUAAGGUGCCUUUCACAAGCUCCUCGGUUGCCGACCUUGGAUUGGGGUACGAUCAUCAGACGCUGCAUGAGAUAUGAGGCUCAGGUUGCUGAGUUGUUUCCAACAGAAUCAUCUCUUGAAAAAGGAACCUUAAGGGAGGAAUGUGUAAAGUUCUCAUUGGCUCAUGCCAAUAAAUUUGAUCAGCUCCUAAGUUUCCUGGAUGAGCUGUCCGACUUGUCCAGAUUCAGAACUCUUGAGUUGAAGCUGCAAUCUUGUCUUCUGGAUCAUCUUGUAGACCUCAUUAAAGUAUUCUCAGGUUCCAGGCUUGAGAAAUUAUUUGAUGAUGUGCGUAGCUACUUCUCUUCUGUUACUUCAUAUCAAUCACAUGGCACUGAUGAGACAAGCUUAUUACGGAUUUCAUGCUGGAAGGGUUUCUAUCAGUGUUUAGAUGAAGCUUCUCUUGACUCUCUUGAGUACAUAUCCCACAUAGAAAAGGGCAUGGAGGUGCUCUUUUCCUUGAUGCCUGCAAUGCAAUUGCCUGCCAUUGGAGGAGUAGGUCAGUUGCGUACUGUAGAGGAAUGGUCUGAGGCAGUUAGAUGCUUUAGGAAGGCUCAGAAAAGUUGGUUGUUGGAUUUCCUGCAGGUUUCCCAGGAGGACCUGCAACAAAGAGAUGGUCAGCUUAUUGAAGUUCUGAAAAAGGUUCAAACCAAAGCUAAGCUUGUUAGGAUUGGUUCCAUCCCAUUGACUGAGCUGGGAAGGCUAAAAGCUUGGAUAUUGAACACAGAAUCAAAUGGUAUGUGGGAUGCGCUCGUUGACGUUGUAGCAGCUUUGCAACAUGCAGACGGAAGUGUCAAAAGACAGUGGCUUGUUGAUGCAGUUGAAAUUAGCUGUGUAUCUAGCUAUCCUUCCAUGGCAUUGCAAUUUCUUGGGUUGCUAUCUGGUAGCUGGAGCAAAUACAUGCCUCUUCUGAUUCUGGACCAACUUACUGUGCUGAGCGAUUUACCAGUCACCCUUUCCUCUCUCCUCUCAGACUCUAGUUGGGGAGGAGUUGCGGAAUUUGUCGUUCCUUCUCUGUUUGCAUCGACAGAACGCAUUUACAACUGGGCUAUACAUAUCGCACGGUGUGAGGAUAUGCCGCCUGACAUGCAACCCAUUGAUAAAAGUGAGAAUUCCAUGGCUGUAUUCUUAUUGAGAGUGAUGCAUUGUACCUGUGUGUCUUUGAAGGAUUACCUGCCUCUGGAGAAGCAGCUUAAGCUUGCCAAUAUGGUGGUUGCUUGACGUACCUACCAGCUGUAUAAAUGAAGAAAAAAAAAGACAAUUAUAUGAAGAUUCUCUUUUAUGACAGUUAUCAUCUACGUCUGCUUCCAUCACUAAAUUGAUAAUUGGGACCAAGGUCUAAUAUAUCGAUAAUAUCAUAAUAUCGACGAAAUAUUGAGUAUAUUAUCCUUUUUUUUAGGGCCUAGCUAGGAUAUUUUGGAACAUAUUUAUACACGUCGUAUAAUUAUCGGUAAUAUUGAGGAUAAUAUUGGAAAAUAUCGACGUUGAUGAUUUUUCA